UCCAAAAAUAGCAUUUCUCUGGCCCCGCUCUCGCAGAGACCUGGGGAACUCGGGGGUUUUCCUCCUUUUCUGAUUUCCACUUGGGCUGGUUUCCCCCCUGCUGCCCCAUGAAGGCUGGAGCAGCCGCCCUGGCAGCCGGGAUCCUCGGGGGCACCGGCGUGCUGCUCUUCCUCAUCGCCUUUGGGACGGAUUAUUGGCUCCUGGCCACGGACACCUGCGGGGUCUUCGAGCAUGGCAACAGCACUCUGAGCACCGGGGGGGCUGAAGCCCCAACAGAUGUUGGGAAGGAGAUCCUGACUUUCCACCACGAGGGUUUCUUCUGGCGGUGCUGGUUCUUUGGCGAGGGCCAGCCCGAGAGCAUCUGGACCUUCUGGUACACCAGCCAAGCACACCCCAAGUUCUGCAUGCAUGGCUACCUCUUCCCCAUGCCCAUUGCUGUGGGACCUUUCCCCCAUCCCUCCUAUGACACAACUGCAGUGUACAGAGGAUUUUGGACGGCGUUCAUCCUGCUGGCCGUGGCCGCCGGGCUCGUGGGGGGGCUCCUGCUGGUGUGUGGGGUCCCCUUCUCCAGCCCCCACUCCUACAAAAUUGGGGGAGGAUUCCUGCUGCUCUCAGGAGGUUUGUUUCUCCUGCUCGUGUUUCUCUUUGUGAUGUGGAAGGAGUUUGCAGCUGACUUUCAGAAGUACAUCCUCCUGGAGAGGAGUGAGAGGUGCCUGGAUGAUGUCCCCGUGCACGUCUACUACGGGUGGUCCUUCAUGUUUGCCGCCGCCGGGGUGCCCCUGGUGUUGCUCUCUGGACUCCUCUUCUUCCUGGUGGGCAGAGACAUUGUGGAUUCCCUGCAGUAAGACAAAUGUGGAAAAGGCUUUGAGAAAAUUGGUGAUGCUCCUUGUAAAGAAACACACCCAAGUUUUGAGGG